AUGGCGCUCAAGUCGGUCUGGCGGGAGGCUGCGCGGCACAAGAAGAGCGGCGAGAGCGGCGGCGGGGACGGACACCGAAGGAUUUGGUUCGAGCGCGACGUGCUCCUGGCCCUGCGCCACCCGCUGCUCCCCGCCUUCCGCGAUGUCCUCGCCACCGACACCGUCGUCGGCUUCGCCAUCGACCGCUGCGGCGGCGGCGACCUCAACUCCCUCCGACGCCGCCAGACCGAGAAGAUGUUCUCCGACUCCGUCAUACGGUACGCGCUCAACCAACGCCCUUACGCUACGCACUGCUGUAGGACAAAUGGGCAAGAUUUGAUCCGUGAACUCAUCCGUGAACACCGUCUUAUUCUUCGCGGAGCUGGCGCUGCUGCAGUAUGGUCUAGUGCAGUCCGAGCCCUCCAUGGUCGCCGCGACUGCUGUCUACGCGGCCAGGCUCCCCCUAAAGAAGACCCCUCUGUGGACCGACACUCUGAAGCACCACACUGGCUUGACUGA